CUCAACCAAUUCAUUACUACCUUCUUCAAUCAUUGGCAAGGUAUGUUGCUGGGUUUGUGACGCGGCGUUGUUCAUCACAGUAAAUUUUUUUGUAAAUUGGGAACUUUAAAUUAUAAAGACCAUGGGCCGUAUUCCAACGGUACAAAGUAAAACUUAUGUUACUCCUCGACGUCCCUUUGAAAAAGAACGUCUGGAUCAGGAAUUGAAAUACAUUGGUGAUUUUGGAUUAAGAAACAAAAGAGAGGUAUGGAGAGUUAAAUAUACUCUAGCAAAAAUUCGUAAAGCUGCUCGAGAACUGUUAACCUUAGAUGAAAAAGAUACUAGACGAUUAUUUGAGGGUAAUGCCUUGCUUCGUCGUUUAGUAAGAAUCGGUGUACUGGAUGAGAGUAGAAUGAAGCUCGAUUAUGUGUUGGGUUUGCGUGUUGAACAUUUCUUAGAACGUCGCUUACAAACUCAAGUUUUCAAGCAAGGUCUUGCAAAAAGUAUACAUCAUGCAAGAGUUCUUAUUCGCCAGAGGCACAUAAGGGUUAGGAAACAAGUUGUCAAUGUACCAUCAUUUAUUGUCCGAUUGGAUUCGGAGAAGCAUAUUGAUUUCUCUCUAAAAUCUCCAUUUGGAGGUGGACGUCCAGGUCGUGUUAGGAGGAAGAAUAUGCGUAAAGCACAGAGCAGUGGAGCCCCAGAAGAGGAAGAUGAAGAUUAAACUAAAAUAGACUGUUUGUAAUAAGAAAAUAAACAUUUCCCUUAAAAGUU